UUUCGGGCUCGCGCGUCAUCAAGGCGAAUCCUCCCGCCCCUCGAGCGCAGCAUCAGUCCGCGCUGUUCUCGCCCGCCGCUCGUUCAUCCUCUCUUUGCAGUCAGCUUGAAUUCGACAGAGAUCAGAAUCAGGACAUCGUUCGCAACAAUCGAUCACGCUCGCUUUUAGCUGUCCGCGCCCUGCUGCGGUGGAAUGCCCCAAACGCUGCGCGCUCCUCCACGGACACCGAAGAGCAAACGGAGGAGCGGUUCUUUGGUCCUGAAACGGCGUUAGAAUCACCAUUUCGGGUAUUUUUGGGAUCUCUCAGCGACAUCUGAAGCGGGGACCAUGACGGCCACCAAAGAGCAGCAAAGCCAGAGACCGAAUCCGCAGGACGAGGAUCUGGCGGGAAUGAGUCCUCCUCAGAGGAACUGGAAGGGGAUCGCCAUCGCUCUGCUGGUCAUUCUGGUGGUCUGUUCUCUCAUCACUAUGUCUGUGAUCCUCCUCACUCCAGUCGAUACGCAACCUGGCAGCGACACCAAGCUGACGGUGGAGGAUCUUUUCAACACAGAUUUCUACGUGCACGACCCUGAAGCUCAUUGGAUCAACGAAUCUGAGGUGAUCUAUAGAAAUCACCAUGGACAUGUGAUCAGGUUUAACAUCCUCACAAACGAGACAGAGAUUGUGCUGAAGAACACCACAUUCGAUACUUUCAAAGCCACCAGAUACUCCAUAAGCCCAGACAUGAAGUAUGUGCUUUUUGCCUACAAUGUCAAACAGGUUUACCGGCACUCGUUCACGGCCUCCUACAUCAUAUACAGCAUUCACACCAGCAUGAUUGAGAUUUUAAAUAUCUUCUGUGUGUGUGUGUGUGUGUGUGUGUGGGUGUACAUAUUUGAGAAUAAUAUUUACUAUCAGUCGGAUGUCAGGAGUAACUCGCUGCGACUGACCUCAUCUGGGAAAGAGGGCGUCAUCUAUAAUGGCAUCGCUGAUUGGCUCUAUGAAGAGGAGGUCCUUCACACGCAUGUGGCGCACUGGUGGUCACCUGACGGCGAACGCUUGGCAUUUCUGGUCCUGAAUGACAGUCUGGUGCCAAACAUGGCGUUGCCCACUUUCACUGGCUCUACAUACCCUAAAGGCAAACAGUACCCGUAUCCGAAGGCUGGGAAGCCCAAUCCCAUGGUGAAACUGUUUGUAGUCAAUCUGUACGGACCGACACACACUCUUGAACUCACACCACCAGAUGAACUCAAGCUCAGGGAGCACUAUGUGGUGAUGGUGAAGUGGAUCAGUAAGACCAAGACAGCAGUGCGCUGGUUAAACCGAGCACAGAACGUCUCUAUUCUGACCGUCUGCGACUCCACCACUGGAGCCUGCAUCAAGAGGCAUGAGGAAACAUCAGAAGUUUGGCUCUCAAAACAGAAUCAAGAGCCGUUCUUCUCACGAGACGGCAGCCGCUUCUUCUUGACGGUCCCGGUAAAGCAGGGAGGACGAGGAGACUUCCACCACGUCGCCAUGUUCACCUCUCAGGCACGUGUGGAUCAGAACGAGGUGCGACAUCUUACAUCAGGUAACUGGGAGGUGACGCAGAUUCUGGCUUACGAUGAGAACAGCCAGAGCAUAUAUUUCCUGAGCACUGAGGGCUCCUCGACCCGCCGGCAGCUCUUCAGUGUGUCCACAGUAGGCUUGUUUCCAUGGCGAUGUCUGACCUGUGAGCUGAAUAAAGCUCACUGCACAUUCUUCAGUGCUAUUUUUAGCCCCACUAAUCAACACGUCCUACUGCACUGCAAAGGUCCAGGAGCGCCGACAGUGAUGAUACACUCUCUGAACACUGCCAAUUAUUACAUCCUGGAGAAUAACUCUGUGCUCAAAGCUGCUCUCAGAUACAAACGAAUCCAGCUGCUGGAGUACAGAAGCAUCCAGACCGACCACUUCGAAUUGCCGCUGAAGGUCGCCUAUCCACCCGAUUUCUCUGAGUCCCGCACUUACGCCCUUCUGCUGAUGAUUGAUACCGCCCCCGGUGGUCAGCAGGUGAAUGACCGUUACUCACUGGACUGGGACUCAGUGCUGGUCAGUUCAGACAAUGUCAUCGUAGCUCGUCUGGACGGCAGGGGAAGUGGCUUCCAGGGUCAGAAGGUGUUACAGGAAGUGCACAGGCGUCUGGGAUCCGUGGAACUGCAGGAUCAGCUGGCUGCUGUUGAGUACCUGCUGAAAUUGCCAUACAUUGAUAGAACCAGGAUCGGUGUGUUUGGUCGGGGUUAUGGAGGAUAUAUCUCACUUCUGCUGAUUAAAUCCACUGAGAGCUUGUUUAAAUGCGCAGGAGCUAUGUCGCCUGUGACGGACUGGAAUUUGUAUGCCUCGGCCUUCUCUGAACGCUAUUUGGGUUUCCCUCUUCAGGAUGACAACAGAUAUCAGUUCUCCAGUGUGCUGCAGAAUCCACAGGGUUUCAGAGACCAGACGCUCAUGCUGCUGCACGCCACUGCAGACGCAAAUGUUCAUUUCCAGCACACGGCCGAGCUCAUUAAGAACCUGGUGAAGGUGGGAGUGAAUUACACACUGCAGAUUUAUCCAGACGAGGGUCAUUUCCUCUCCAAGAGCAGUGACCGACACAUGGCUUCAACACUGAGCAGCUACUUCAGAUCCUGCCUGCAGGAGGAAGUGCUUUCCAUCAGUGAGGAGGAGGAGGAAGAGGAAGAGUAGAGUGAAGAUGAGACACAUCACACAAACACGUGCAGACACUGACACACACACACAUACACACACACACACACAUUGGGACAAUGAAACACACUGGACAAACAUCCAGAGCAGAACACUCAGAUAAACAGAGAGAGCCAGGAGUGAGUGAGAGUGUGUGUGUGUGUGUGAACAUGUAUAUAUGCAUGUGUGUAACCGUUAGGAUGAAUGUAGCAUUAGAGCCGUGUGUGUGUGUGUGUGUGUGUGUGUGUGUGUGUGUGCGUGCGUGAGAGAGAGAUUUUCUGGCAUAUGGAUCAUUAUCGCUGGAAAUGGAUUGGAAUAUUUCACAUAUCAUAAAUCACUAAGAUUUCUGAUUGGCUGAUGCAUUGGCCAAUCACAGCACAGACUGUCAGGUGGAGCUGCUCCAGUCAGCCAUUGCAUGGUCCUUUUGCUUUGCUUCACUUCUUUUGCCACUUUCUGUCUGUCGGUAUGUUGUCGCCCUUCAGAGGAGCUGCGUUUGAUUGCAUUUCUCCACUCGCUGGGAAGAAGCGUAAUUCCAUCCAUGGAAAGCUGGAGGAUCUGUGUGAAGAGAGCAAGGUCUCGACAGCACACGUGCCUGACGCUCACUGUGUGUGUGUGUGCAGUGCAUUCUGGGAUGGUGCUGCUGUAUUUAGGACAGAAGAGGGCGUACAGAUGUAUUUUUGGACAUUCAUCCAGCAGAUCCGCUCACAGACUGUUUUGGAUCAGUUUAUUUGUAUCGCUGACCGUUUAGUUUUACUGAUGCUGGUG